AUGGAGGCAAUCCAGUCAAGUGUUCAAUCACCGAAAGUGAAGAGUAGUGAAGAAAUGAGUGAAGUGAAAAGUGAAGUGUUGGUGAAACUGGAGGAUGAUGGGGAUGAAGUGAUGAGUAAGGGAAGUCAGCGGGAGAACAGGCUGACCAGCAUCAUUGAUCAACUGCGGUGCCAGAGCAAGCUGAAAGAGGAACGGGUUUGCACGGAUGCUGCGGGGUCGCGGGGUGCGGUGCGGCAGGCGCGCGGGGGGCAGGGCGUGAACCCGAGUGAACCCUCGGUAGCACCUGCCGCGUCCGGUCGGCCCGGCUGCUCCACGCAACUCUAA